AUGGCCUCACAACAGUCCUCUCGCGUCGAGCCGCUCAGCCCCGAAUUGCCCUCAGCUGUCGGCGCCUUCCCUGACACGCCUGUACCACAACAAUCUCCCCUCGACGAUGUGAAGCCGCCUUUGUCUCCUAGCCGGCAAGACUCUCCGGCCAUAGAGAUAGAGAAAGCUCUAGACGAGACGUCAUCGCAAUCCUCCCCCAUCGACGAGGAGACCAUCGACGAAGAAUCGCCUCGGCCGCUCAAAGAGAAGGGACCCUCAGCCUUAGAAGAUCACAAUGACAAGACUUCACCCCAAUUCUCUCCUGUCGACGAGAAAGCACAUCUGCCCCCAAGUGCUGAUGCGCCCUCGGCCUUCCAAAGACUCCCUGACGAGAUCAUCCAGCAGGUACUUGAAGUAACCGAUCCCGACUCUUUCGCAUCUCUCGUACUGCUCAACACGAAAUGGAGGCGCAUCUCCCAGCAAGCCCACCUUUAUGCCCACCACUUGUCGAAAUGCAACUCCUACGCGGCUGGCCACGCAUCAAUAUCUGACGAAUCUGUCAAUGAUGACAAUCUACCGAAUCUGCGGCGCUUGUUCGCUCGUGAGGUGAAGCGUAAUCUCUUUGAGGCCUACCUUCGUCCCAAGACGACCACCAUCAAGCUCAUAUCUACGUCGAUCAGUUCGUCGUCAGCACCUGGCGGCGAGGGCUUGCAGUUCAGCCCAUCACCACGGGGCCAUCAUGUUCUUGCGUAUAAUUCGUCCCGGAUAUACAUCCUGGAUGUGAGGGAACCUGAACUGGCUGUGAAGCGGGAACUCAAGAUCCUUCGUCGUCCGGCUGCCGCAUGCAUUCUAGAUGAUGGGAGCCUUCUCGCAAUUUUGUCAACCGACAUGCAAGUCGACCUUUACGAUCUAGGCCCAUCUCCACCUCGCCGGACACAGUCCCUGAUCCUCGACAUGGCUCCCCGUGCAAUCGCCCUAUCUCCUUGCGGGAGUGUCAUGGCCGCUGCGUACGAGGGCGGCAUCGAAGUAUCGUCUAUCCACCCAGGAGCCCUAGAGACCGAUCGAAGGGCCGUCAAAUGCGAUGCUGUAGACUCUCUUGCUUUCUCGCUUGACGGCACCCAACUCCUGGGCACGACGACUAACUCGUCUACUCCCAACACCGUAAUCCUCACUGCGCCGUAUUAUGAUCCUGGGAACCAAAUGUCCGAUGACAACAUCAGCGCUCUCUGGACUACUUCCAUACUCUUCCCCAAUACGAGCCGAGACUGCAGUCAUGCUGUGCUCCUGCAAGAGUCUAGCUCCGUUGAGGCAAUGUGGACGUUCACAUAUGACAGGAGCUUCGAAACCUUCCGUGCUGUGCGCAUCGAUGACCUUCGGAAUGGAACCACUUACUUCACAGGUCCUAUCCCUACUGCUGCCUCGCCAGGCCCAUUGUUGCCGUCCACUUUACCUGCUGCCAGUUUCCAGGGAGAACUUGUCUCUGCCGGCUUUGAGGGCCAGGACGUCUGGCUAUAUGGCGUGCCUGAAGACCUUGAAGCCGUGCCAGAGGUCAACAGUUCAUCCGCUGAUCCUUCUGCACCACCUGCAUUGCAUCGCAGAGGCAGCGGAGUUUCGGUGCGCUCGCCAUCUCGAAUACAGGAAGCUAAUGGAUGCCGAGUUCCUCAGUGGCAGAUUCUGUGCGACAAAUAUCGCAACACUUUCGUUACCGGGCGUAAGAUCACUGAGCUGUGUGGCGUGAGUAACGUGAAAUGGGUGGCCGGUUUUGGAAACACAUCUCUACAAGAGCGCCUGGUCGUUACUGCAAGAGGUGUUAUGCCUACCAAGCCGAUUACAGAAGAAGACGGCAUCGACUUCGUGGAUGGAGGAAGAGUCACCAUUCUCGACUUUGAUUAUAACCCUGACAACGGCCAGGAGCAAGACAUCACCAUCGAGGUUGGCACAAUGGAGCCCGAAAUCUUGGAAGAGGAACACCGAGACAUAGACACAGAAGUGGCCAUUGUCCGAAGAAGGACAGUAGCGCAGCGGAGGGGAAACCGAGGUGGUAUGAUGCGUUCUGCGACAAGAAGCACUCACCAGCUUGAGGCUCUGUUGCGGCCGGCCACUUCUCAUGGGCCUGAAAUCGAAGAUCCCCUAGUACCGCGACCCAUGGCGACAGCACGCAACACAGUUCGGGCAGAUACCCCUGAAGAAGCUGAAGAUGCCACUCUAGAAGAGGCCCAAGAGGCCCUCGAUGCCCCAUAUGCUCACGCCAGCCCGCGCUCAGGCACGACCUUACGCCGUGCUGCAACGGCUGCUGCGGUUAGUCGCCAACGCCAACCCCAGACACCCGUUGCCGGUCCCGUCGAGUAUAGACGAGCCGAUGGGAGAGCUGAACACCCACAUGAAAGCGACGCGGACAACUGGGUGCCACCACCUCCACCCUACGCCAAAGAAGAUCCCGGUGUCGACUUACCUGUGUUCCUGCGCCACUCAGCGAUUCCUGGCGUGAGAGUUGUGCCAACAAACAGGCAAACCAUUGCUGGCAUCCCACCUGUCCCACCUGUCCCAGCUAUACCGUCCUUCCCUCCCGUUCCACCCAUUCCUCAUGGAAUGCCUCCAUCGAGCACAGGUCGCCCGGAAUUGCCUCGUAUUCGCACCUCUUCUGCCCGUGAAGGGCAUCAACGCAACACCUGGGUUCCGGGUACCGCCUCACAGCGAGCCGCGAGUGACUCCGUGAGUGGCAGACCCACCGUUCCGGCCAUGGGAGCUUUGCAUAGACCUACUUCGAGUUACCCUACUCAAAUGGGGACUCGUAGCCUCCCAGAUGACGAGGAAGACAUUUAUGAUGUCUCUCCUGUUGGGUCACCUCCGCAGGCAGCAGAACCUCAAGAAUCUAGGGCCCACGUAACGACGGCGUCAGCUUCCACGCCCGAACGACCAUCUGCCGGUGCACUGUCUUCUGCCUCAGAAUACACCCCAGCCUCGUCCAUGUCCCACGCGCCCACGGAGGCGUCUUUUUCUGACUCUGUCAACAUGCAUGCUUAUCAUCCUAUCAUCCCCUUGUCCGCAACCAGUGUCCAGAGGCCAGAAGAUCCUAGGAGCGCCAGUCCGGUCGUUGGCAAACUGCCUAAUGCGCAGACUUGGCCAAGAGCGCCUCACGCACCGGCUCCAGCUUCUGCAGCUCCUCUCGCUGGCUAUCCCCAUUCGGCUCCUGCUACGAACCUAAACAAUGGCACUGCGAUCGGGGCAGCUUUACCGCCGGCGCCUAAGCCAGAACAGCUUGCAAGUCUACACAGAAGAGAGGGCAGCUUUGGGGCACCUCGGCCUGCAUCGGGCAGCUUCCAAUUCGCACGAGUGCCUGUUGGUAGCCGUAGCAAUCAGACCCGAGUCUCUCGACGGUAUAGUGGGAUACCAGAAGUACGGCCUCCCUCGCCUCCGGAUCAACCCCUAAUUAUCAGCACUCCCACAGGGGUGGCCGGAGCGUUCGAUAAUCCGGGCCAGUCGCACAUCGUCAGCCACCACGUUGGACCAGUGAUCCACGCCCCUGUUCCCCGCCAUAUCAGGCCAGUUUCUAGUAUCCACGUUCUUCGGCCUACGAUGGAUUGCCUGGAAACCACUUCAAGCAUCGGUCCUGAAGGAGCAUCGAGCAAUCAUCCAAUCUUGCUGAAUGUCCCACCAGCACCGCCGUCUGGCCCACUCACGUCUUCAUCCUUGCGUCAUCAUACUAGCUUGUCUCGCCGACCGAGUCGCGCUCGAAAAGGAGCGUUGAAGAACAUCCACGAUGCCAGGACCAGGGGAUGGACGGGGAGGAAGAAAAACAAAAAGAAGGGCAACGGUAACGAUGGUGCCAGCGCAGCAGAUUGGACCGAAGUGAACAUGGGUGCCAAGGCUCCUAAACCUCAAACAAAGGAGAGGAAAUGCAUCGUCAUGUGA